AUGUCGAUGUUACCAUUGAUGAUUGAUCCUUCGAUGCUCUUACCUAGAAUAAACGAUUUGAGCCAAUGUGAUCUAGGCUAUACCAUAGGUCGGCCUCUUAGAAAGCAUCCUACUUGUGGCAUUGGUGCGAGAGAGAGAUACCGAGCUGUGGGAGUGAGACAGACUAUGGCUCUUCCCCCACUCCGCUGCCGCCCCACCCCCAACCUUCCCGAACACCGCGCAGUGAUACAACACAACCCUGCAGCGUACUCGCAUGUCCAGCAGCACAUAUCAGAUGUGACGCGUAUGAUACACAAGCAUCGCUACAUGAAUGAAGAUAACAUACCAGUCUCCUACAUAGAGCAAAACUGUGUUCCGCCUCGUCAUAUGUAUGGUAAUAUGAGUGUUUCGCCGCAAGAUGCUCACCAGUUAGUAUCUUCAUUCUCAGCCAAGUUGAUGGAAUAUUCAUUGGCGCGACGCUUGCUGACUGGUGGAGAGGAAGUUCCUAGAAUUUGUGGUGUCUGCAAAUGUGAGGGUCAUUUAAAGGAAGAAUGCCCAGAGGAAAAGCUGCCGCCUCUUGAUCCUAUUCCUGAACGUUUACCAGGAGAACUGAAAAUUGUGGACCAACUAUGUCUUGACAUAUUCGAGAGACUGAAACAAAGUGACGAGGAUCUCCAAAAGCGAGAAAAGAUUUGCCAGGAGUUGCAGGAGUUCAUAGGAGCUGAGUAUCCUACUGCAAAACUGGAGCUUUUUGGAUCUACGAAGAACGGCUUCGGCCUUAAGGGAUCUGACAUGGACAUUUGCCUCUCUUUUGAAGACAAUAAAACAGGAGAGGGGCUUGACACCAGAGGUUUUAUCGAGAUUUUGUACCAAAUACUUAAACAAUCCAAGGACCUCCAAGAUCUACUUCCUAUUGCUACAGCCAAAGUUCCUAUUGUAAAGUUUACUCAUAAGUCCACCAAGCUGGAUGGGGAUAUCAGUUUGUACAACGUGCUCGCUCUAGAAAACAGUAAACUCCUCUGCACAUAUGCUCAAAUUGAUGAGAGAGCAAGGGUCUUAGGCUACAUGAUUAAGAGGUUCUCCAAGAUUUGCCAUAUUGGUGACGCCUCCAAGGGUAGUCUCUCCUCUUACGCCUACACCCUCUUAGUCAUCUACUUCCUGCAACGAUGUGACCCUCCUGUUCUUCCAGUUUUACAAGAGCUGACUGAAAAUGCUGAACCCCCUCCAAAGCAUAUUGUAGAGGGUUGCAACGCUUACUUCUUCAGUGAUCUCACAAAACUAACCUCGGCGAAAGACCUCCCCCCUGAGGGUUUGACCAGGAUUGCCUCCGUCCUGGGCUUUUUUGGCCGGGACUUUUUCGGAGCAGAGACCGAGCAGGGCCCAGUUUGGGCCACGCCGGUCGGCUGUACCUUCACUGCCACAUUCUUUAUAGAGGCGACCUCCGCCCGCCUCAAUUGCCUUUUCUCCUUUUGGGAACGGCGUUUUUCCCACGCAGCCUCAGGUGUCUCUACAACUGAUCCCUUUCGGUAA